AUGUUGCUGCAAUUAUUUUUUCUUUCGAUUUUCGCUUUUCGCCAACAUGAGGCCAAGGAUUUGAGCAAAACAAGACUUACGGGGAUCCAGGUGAGUGUAAAAUACGAUUUGUAUGCUUUUAUGAUGCAUUUUCCAGGCCAAACACAUUUAUAAAUUGUUCCAAGAAGGGAAUGUGAGCCUAAUAUUCGAUGUAAAUCAACAGCCAAACUCUCGGGCCUUAUUGUUUCGCUUCUCGAGUGCUGCGAAUCCAAGCAAAUCCAACCUAUACCUCCUCUCAGAGACUACUGUAAGUUAUUUUGAUCCAAAAAGUAUCACAAUAAGUUUUUAGGACACAAAAAAUCAUCUAACUCUUCGCCUUGGAAAAGAAAUUUUCACCGUCGAAACAGGAAUCUACAAUCAAAACUUCCAUCGAAUCCAUCUCCUGCUUGGCCAUGGACACUUCCAAAUCAUUGUGGACUGCGUGAAAAUCGCUGACAGCCCUUUCAAUACCCACAACAUUCCGGGGUAAGCUUUGAGCCAAAGUUUACAACCAUUUCUCCUUACUUUAGUCAUCAGAAAAAGUUGGUAUUGGAUGUGGGAGUUUCGCCCGACGAUUCCUCCGUCUUCCCCGGUCAUAUCCGCGAAUUCUCGGCUGACACGCCUCAGGCAACUCAUAUGCGAUGUGCUGAUAUUAUUCUGAGCCGUCAGCCGAGGCUGGAGCGAUCGCUGGCCGAGGCCGAUGCGGCCGAACUUGAAGAGGAAAGAGGGGUUCAAACUAAUACUGUUAACGAAGAUGGCGACCAGAUCGCUGAGUUGGAGGAGAGAGUAAAAGUGCUGGAAGAUGAGGUGGAGCAUUUCCGAUCGUAUGUUUCAAAAUUUGAUAAGCGAAUUCAAACCGUGGAACUUCAUCAACGAGGAUGUAUGGUAAGUGGGAUGGAAAAUGCAAAUUUUGAAAAAAGGUUGAAAAAUUGAAUUAAAAUUAAGGCAAUUUAGUACUCUAUGGCAAUUUUAGGUCAUUUUUAGCAAUUUAGCGGGGUAAAGAUUCAAAUCAAAUAUUUUCCGCCAUUUUUGGCAUUCUGUUUCAAUCGUAUUUUUUGCAAUUUUUGAUCAAAAGAAGAAUGCUGAAACUUAUUUUGAUCACUUUCCCUUCAAAUUAGCUCAAAUCUCGUCAAAAGCGGCAAUAUCUUCUCCAUUUUUAGGUGGAUGGUCAUCUCCUUCAUAUAGGCCAAAAACAGCCCAACUACCUCAACUGUUCGCAAUGCCAGUGCUCAGCCAGCGGCGAGCUUCACUGUGGUCCCAUUGGCUGUCCGCAUCUCAAAUGUGCCCAUCCAUUCAAGCCUCAGGGCAACUGUUGUCCGGUCUGCGGAAAACAAUGCUAUUACAAUGGAAACAAUUACGAACAUGGAGCCGAGAUCUGGCCAAAACAAUGUGUACGGUGCAGAUGUGAUCAUGGGCGAAUGGAGUGUCAGUUCCAGUAAGUUUUGAGAGAAAACUCAAGUGAAUUAUUCAGGUUUUCUACAAAAAUUGUAGCAUAUUUUUUCAAAAUUUAUAUUAUAUUUACAGGGAAAGUACCCCAAGUUGCGACGCUCAGAUUUUGCUCAAACUUGGCGCAAACUUAGAGUAUUUCUCUCGAAAAUAUAUGCGAGAAUCCUAGCUCGCGCUUUGCAGAAACAACCGAGAUUUUUCAACCGAAAGUCAGCGAAAAAUUGACACUUUUUGCCGAAUUUCGGCACGAAAAGUUUUAUGCCUAUUUCUACUAUAGAGGGUAAUGUUUCCACAAAAAAUAAAUUUUUUCCGCAAAAAACUAGCGAAGUUAUGGCCAAAAAGUGUUUCUCUCUCUGACCGCUCUCCGCGGUUAGCAUGCUCUCUCGGCGGCAAAGAUUGUUCAAUUUCUAGGCGCCGUUUGCAAAGCGCGAGCUAAAACUUUCAGGAAUUGGUACUUAGUUUAUGACCGACGUGUGUGCAAAAUUUCAAGAAAAUCUGAGCCUAGCACACAUCAGAUACAAAAUUUUUUUUACUUAAAUUGAAAAAUCUAAUUUGGAGGUUCCAUUAGCAUUGGUCCAUAUAUGGGAGGUGCUUUAUAAAUUUCAGCGCACUUGUCUGUUCGACCCCUGCGGAUUUCGUCCAAAGUUAACUUUGGACGAAAUUCGCCCAAUCUCGUCCUAAGAGUGGACGAAAAUUUUUUUUGUCUGGACGAAAUCAAAAAAUCCACCGAUUGGGCGAAUUUUUCAAAAUUUCGGGCCUCAAAUGGACCAAGUCCAAAGUUAACUUUGGAAUCGGUCCAAAGUUAACUUUGGACCAAAUCCGCCAUUUUUAGUCCAAAGUAGUAAAAUUUUGGGAUUUGAAGUCACACCCCGUAUUUUUACAUUUUAAGAUUACUGCCGAGAUUUUUGGGGCGGAGGGGGUGGAAAACAGUGGUAAGGCGGGACCAAGGACAAAUUUUUGCUAUAAGAAGCGAAAUGUUUUACAGAACUGCCAGUUCAGGCAUUUUCUUAUAUUGUACUAGGUAUUUUUAAGAGUGAUUGGUUUAAUUCAGCUAGUUCUCAAGACGAAACCGUCUAUUUGAUCAUACUGGUUUAUUUUUGACAUCCUAAAUGUGCUUUAGGAUGUCUAAAUAGCCAAUGCUAGCACAUACUCAACAAAAAACCCCAACUGCGAGUCAAGGGGCCGACAAAAAGCAAAUAUCAACGAUGUAAAACGUCGUUGACUCCGCGCAAAUAGCUAAAAAACACGUGAAGUCUGUAAAAUACAGCCGUAAUCAUAAUUGAAAGCCAGGAGAACGAAGAAAUACAUGAAGAAAACUUAUUUGUGACGAAAAAUGUGUUUUUCUCGCCGCAAAAAAAAAUUCAGAAAAUGCAUCAUCCAAACUUCAUAGGUUGGAUGAGCGAAAGUUCUGAACCUGGUGUCUUUUUCAGGGUAAACUAGGGAGUGCUAGUAGUCAUUUACAACCGUUUUUAAUACACUGCCGCGUUAUAAACGGGUGUCAUCGUGACACAUUUUCGGGACUAAGCUAGGCGCCGCAAUUUGCGCCCUGUGAUUUCACAGAUUUGACUGUCGAAAAGUUUUUCUUCAUGUAUUUCUCUGUUUCCGUGGCUUUUAAUAAUUAUGAUUACGGCUGUAUUUUACAGUCUUCACGUGUUUUUUACCUAUUUUCGCGGAGUCAACGAUGUUUUACAUCGUUGAUAUUUGUUUUAUGUCGGCCUCUUGACUCGCAGUUGGUUUUUUAUAGAGUUUGCGCAAGCGUUGGCUAUUUUGACAUCCUAAAGCAAAUUUAGGAUGUCAAAAAUAAAUCAGUAUGAUCAAAUGGACGGUUUCGUCUUGAGAACGAGCUGAAUUCAACCAAUAACUCUAAAAAAUACCUAGUACAAUAUACGAAAAUGCCUGAACUGGCAGUUCUGUAAAACAUUUCGCUUCUUACAGCAAAAAUUUGGCCUCGGCCACCCUUUACCACUUUUUUGCACCCGCUCCGCCCCAAAAAAUCUGUAUAAUACCUGUCACAAUAUAAUAAAUAGGAUGCACAGGCAGUCCUGUAAAAAUUUCGCUUCUUAGAGCAAAAAUUUGUUCUUGGUCCCCCCCUUACCACCUUUUUCCAAAUCCUUCCGCCCCAAAAAAUAUGUAUAAUACCUAGUACAACAUAAAAAAGAGGAUGGCUAUAAUACACAGAUUUCAAAAGUCGAAUUUUGAUUUUCCAACCAAAAAGGUAAAAAAAUCCAAAGUUUGGACUUAGUCCAAACUUUGGACUUCGUCCAUCCAGAUGGACGAAAAAGCAAAAUUCCACGGGAAGAAAUAUGCUUGGACUAAUACCGGCAGAUUUAGUCCAAACUUUGGAUCCGGCAAAAAGUCCAUGAAAUUUUUGGACGAGAUUGGGCGAAUUUCGUCCAAAGUUAGCUUUGGACGAAAUCUGCAGGGGUCGAACAGACAAGUGCGCUGAAAUUUAUAAAGCACCUCCCAUAUAUAGAAAAUAUCCAAAAUAUUAGCAAAAUCCCUCUGCACAAAAAAAAGUUGAUGCGAUUUGAAAAUUUGGGAUUAAAACAGGCGUUUUUGGAACUGAAAACAUCCUUCGGUUGUAGGAAUUUCGGGUUUUCUUCAACAAUAAUGUUUUUUUAUAUCUAAUCUAUCAAUUACAGGGCGAAAAUGCCCGUUCAAUGCUGAUGUGUAGCAUUUGAUGUACUUCCCUUGUUAAUAAAAAAUAAAUUUUUAUUUUCAGCCGUCCCGAGAACUGUCCCAAACUCGACUGCGUUCAUCAAGAGACCCCCACGAACCAAUGCUGUCCCGUCUGCGUCAAUGUCGACUAUUGCGCGGGCGACAAAAACCCGUGUCAUCCGAAUGCGGAGUGCGUGAAUGGGCAGUACAAGGCGGAAUGCCGAUGCAAAGAGGGGUUCUUCGGGAACGGAACAACCUGCUACGACAUCGAUGAGUGUUUGUGGGAUAUGAGUGCUCGCGAACAGUUGGGCGGAUGCGAGCAGGGGACGAUUUGCAUCAACUUGCCGGGCACUUUCAAAUGCGAUUGCUUGCCCGGCUUUCAGCGAUUGGACGACAGGCAUUGUUUGGAUCUGAUUCGGAUAUAA